CCGGCCGCUGAGCCGGAGGCGGGAGCAGGCGGUGGCUGCGGCGAUCCCGCCCGGCGAGCCUGUCCGGUGGCGGAGCCGGGACACGGCCCAAGCCGGGGGCCCAGGAUGCUGAACGUCCCUUCCCAGGCUUUCCCGGCCCCCGGCUCCCAGCAGCGCGUCGCCUCCCAGGGGCGCAGUAAGGUACCUUUAAAACAGGGCAGAAGUCUUAUGGAUUGGAUCCGACUGACCAAAAGUGGAAAGGACUUAACAGGAUUGAAAGGCGCGAUAAUUGAAGUAACUGAAGAAGAACUUAAGAAACACAACAAGAAAGAUGACUGUUGGAUAUGCAUAAGAGGGCUUGUUUACAAUGUCAGCCCAUAUAUGGAGUAUCAUCCUGGUGGGGAGGACGAACUCAUGAGAGCAGCAGGAGCGGAUGGAACGGACCUUUUUAAUGAGGUUCAUCGUUGGGUCAAUUAUGAAUCCAUGCUGAAAGAAUGCCUAGUUGGCAGGAUGGCUGUGAAACCUACUGUUUCAAAAGCAGACUGUCAUGAAGGGAAGAGAGUCUUAAAUGGCAUGCUUCCCAAGAGCCAAGUCAAAGAUGCACUGCCUAGGGAAGGCCCUAGUUUUCCAAGCUAUGACUGGUUCCAGACAGAGUCUUCAGUCACCGUUGUUAUAUACACCAAACAAAAGAAUAUCUGCUCGGACUCAGUAAUCGUUGACCUUCAGGAUGACUCCUUGAGAGCAGAGGCCGUUAUCAAGGACCACUGCUACCUUGUACAUAUUAGGCUAAGCCAUGAAGUUCAAGGAAAAUUUUCUGUACAGGUCAUUGAGAAUGUUGGAAAAAUAGAGAUUGUUCUACAAAAGAGAGAAAACGUUUCUUGGAAAUGUCUUGGUCUUCCCCUGGAGAAACAUGAUUCCUUUAUUCCAAAGAAAGAUGCAGGCUUGUACUACAGAAAGUGCCAGUUAAUUUCCAAGGAAGAUGUUACCCAUGAUACAAGGCGUUUCUGUGUGAUGCUGCCUCCAAGUACUCACCUUCAGGUGCCAGUUGGGCAACAUGUUUACCUCAAGCUCAGUGUCACAGGUGCAGAAAUAGUAAAGCCAUAUACACCCGUGUCUGAUUCCUUACUCUCAGAUUUUAAAGAACCAGUUCUUCCCCCAAAUAAAUACAUCUACUUUUUGAUCAAAAUCUAUCCUGAUGGACUCUUCACACCAGAGCUUGAUCGUCUUCAGAUUGGAGAUUUUGUUUCUGUAAGCAAUCCUGAGGGCAAUUUUAAAGUAUCCAAACUCCAGGAAGUAGAAGAUCUCUUUUUAUUGGCAGCUGGAACAGGCUUCACACCAAUGGUUAAUGUCCUGAAAUACGCUUUGACUUACACGUCCAGUCUCAGGAAGGUGAAGUUGAUGUUCUUCAAUAAAACAGAGGAUGAUAUAAUUUGGAGAAGCCAACUAGAGAAAUUGGCACUUAAAGAUAAAAGAUUUGAUGUUGAAUUUGUUCUCUCGGCACCUUCUUCAGAAUGGAAUGGCAAACAGGGACACGUGUCACGACCUCUUCUCUCUGCAUUUUUGCAAAGAAGUUUAGAAAACUCUAGAGUCUUCGUUUGUAUCUGUGGACCACCGCCAUUUACAGAUGAGGGGAUACGGUUGCUGCAUGAUCUUAGCUUUUCCGAUGAUGAAAUCCACGGUUUUACUGCAUAAUGAAGAGCUGCCAUUGUCUUUUAGUCACCUAGUUUAUAUUUGUGAUUGCCUAGGGUUUUUUAAAAAAGAAUUUUUGUAUGUAUGAAAGGUUAACCAGAAUCCAGGCUUCCGUUUCUGGAAUGAAAUCAUGUCUCUUUGGUACAGGUUUAAUAUUUACCAUGACUUAUUUACUACUGAUGCCUGACCCAGAAUGUC